ACUAGCCUGUAACAUUAUUCUAGUACCAACACCCGAACAUAGUUGUGUGCCACGCCAAGCCACGCCACGCCACGCCACGCCACGACACAGCACAACAACCUCAUCGCCCAACAACCCGGUAAAAAGUUGCAAGAGAACGUUCUCGACACAUCCACCUUCCCUUCAACGGGUGUCCCAAGAAACCCUUACCCGGAUAUAAAAGGGAUUUAUUUGACACAGUACGGUAUGCGCCCGCUGAUUGUUCAGUGACACAGGUCAGACUUCCGUUAUGGCUAUACGUAACACACCGGCAUACAGCGCAGCAUGGCAGAGGGGCAAGGUACCGCAUGCAGUAACGGCCAGCGUAUUACAGACUACAGUGCGUUCUUCAAUCAGGAAACAAGACUGACUCAACCGGCACCUAUUUGGCGCUAUGUGGAGCAGAAGAAUAAGACGCCCGUGGCUGGACAUAUAUCGUUUGACGGGGGGUUCCCUAACAGCAUACAGUUUCCUCUUCUCAAAGCAACCUUAACAUUAAGUGACGGCGAAGAGGUAGAAAUCACUCCCUCUGAGAUGAAGGCUACUCUGCAGUAUACAAAAUCAAAGGGGAUGACAAAAAUCUCGGAAUGGGUAAUGGAAUUAUACAAGCGUGUACACAACCCCCCAACAAUGGACGGCAAUGGGCUCCCCUCAUCCCUCGACUUGAUACUCACCUGCGGAGGACGAUGGGGCGUGGUCCAGUCCCUCAAAAUGUUUGUGGAAGAUGGAGGUUGUUUCCUCGCCGAAGAAGUGAUUUACCAGACAUUAAGCCCUAUGUACUUGCCACGGAACAUCAGGGGCAUUGCCAUCCGAAGUGAUAAAGGAGGGAUGGACCCUGUCCACUUGAGGCAGGUAUUGUCCGAGUGGGACGAGGGGAGUCAGGGACGGCGCCCCACUCUCAUGUACACCGUCCCCACUGCCAGCAACCCUACGGGAUUGACCCUGAGCGAACAACGGAAGAAAGACAUCUACAAAGUUUGCCAAGAAUUUAACAUCCUCAUCUUGGAAGACGAUCCGUACUACUUCCUGCAAAAUACUCUCAUUCCGAGCUUCCUGUCCAUGGAUACGGAUGGACGUGUAAUACGAGCUGAUUCAUUUUCGAAGACGUUAUCCCCAGGGUGUCGACUUGGUAUCCUGUUUGGACCAAAGGAGAUUGUGGACAAAAUGACCAUUAUACAACAUCCCACGACAGGGGGCCCGAGCUCAUUAUCACAGGUGAUAAUCUCCAAGGUUGUGACAACCUGGGGCCACGACAAAUUCCUCAGCCAUAUGCAAAAUGUGGCAAGUUUCUACAAGGAGAGACGUGAAAAACUCUUGUCAUACAUGGAUAAAUAUCUUACAGGUCUGUGUGAGUGGUCUCCGGCAGCUGGAGGGAUGUUUCAGUGGGUGACGUUACUGGGCGUGGACAAGUCCGAGCCUGUCGUGGACAGACUGAUGGAGCGGGAGGUGUUCGUCAUGGACGGCUUCAUCUUCUCACUGGACAGAGCAUCACGACCCAACAUCCGGCUGAGCUACUCACGGAUAACGGAUGAACAAAUGGAAAAGGGCAUUUCAAUUUUAGCUGAUGUUCUGAAGGAAAUACGGGGCAUCAAAUGAAAAGUUUGCUGGAAAUUACAUCUACACAACCUCCAGACAACGAGAGAACAUAUACUAUAAAAUUAUCGGAGAUUAUACGGGAUAUUAUCGGUUUCCAGAUUAUAACGUACUAGAUAUUCAUUUCUUCCGUGUAAUCUAGUUUGUCUAAUGUGUACCCCUCAUACGUGGACGAACCAAUGACAACGAUUAGGUCCGAUGCCAGUUCUUGAGUCCAAUAUGUUUUCUUCAGGUGAACAGUUGACUUGACUUUGCGUGUGUUUGUGACGGGUGUCACCCGUGUGGCAGCUUAGUAUUACGCUCAUGUUUUCGCAAACACCUGUUUCCGUCACUAUUUGACUGUGAUUCAGACACGGUCUCCUAACAUUAUAUAAUUGUACUACUGAUUCUUCUUUUAUAGUUAUUGAUAUUAUGGCUUUUCACACUUAUAUUUGCAUAUAAUCAAGAUUGUUGUACGAAUAAUCUGUGUCCAAUAUGGCCCACUAUGUGUAUUAUAUGGCAAUAUGGUCCACUAUGUGUAUUAUAUGGCAAUAUGGUCCACUAUGUGUAUUAUAUGGCAAUAUGGUCCACUAUGUGUAUUAUAUGGCAAUAUGGUCCACUAUGUGUAUUAUAUGGCAAUAUGGUCCACUAUGUGUAUUAUAUGGCAAUAUGGUCCACUAUGUGUAUUAUAUGGCAAUGGCCCAGACUGCCCCACGUGUACCAUGCGUUUACUACUGCCUCGAGUACUCUGGUGAGAGACUACUUUGGUUCAGCAUGAUCGAGUGAUUGUGUGUCCCCAUUUGUUUACCAUAUUUAAUCAUUCCCGUACAUCCCAACCAUAAAAGAUGGUAUAGUCUU